AUGAACCAGCAGACACAUGCGGGCGUGAGGAAUUCGACGAUCGUCCCUGGCGGUGGGGAUCGAAAGACGGUCACGCCCGCUCAGGCUGGCGGCGUGUUCGCUGUCGGACAGGCGGCGGUGGUCAACGUUGGAAAGGCAGCGACGGGAGCGACCGGCGGAGAACAGGAUACCAGGGCAGAGGAUAUCGAGUUGCCUGAUAUCGAUUCAGACUACGGCCUGGAAUCCGAUUCCGAGGACGAUGCCGCCUCAUGGGCAGCCUCACCCGCCCUCCGCCGAGCGAUCGACAUGCAGGGCACCCUCGAUCCCGCUCACCUGUUCGGUCCCAUGCCAGAGUUCAAGAUGGAAGACGUGUUCAUCGGCGCUCGAGCGGCCAAGAGGCCGAGAAGCAGCAGUGCCAAUUGGACGGGGCAGGACAGGUUGACGGAACAGGAAAAGUUGGAGUAUGCGAAGAGGAUGAAUUAUAGGGAUGAUACGGCGCUGGUCUGGUAG